GCCCCGCUGCUGACCAUGGCUGAAGGCUGGCGCUGGGCCGGGCCGGGCCGGGGCGCCCCGCGGCCGAGCCCCCGCCGCGCCGUCAGCGUCUGCGAGUCGCUGGACUUGCAGGGCGUCCCCGCCGUCCAGGCCGCGCUCGGCGCCGCGCAGCAACAGCGCCGGCGGCCCAAGAGCUUCUGCGCGGCGGGGAACGGGCUGCCCGGGGCGCUGCUGCCGCCGCCGCCCCCCGCCCGCUCCCGCGGCGGCCUCCUGGACCUGCUCCGGCUGCGUUCGCCCCGCAGGCAGAGCCCCGAGGGAGAGGGCGACGGCCCCGACGAGGCGCAGCGCCCGCGCCCCAGCAGCAUGACCUUCCUGCCCAGCGCCCGGCCGCCGCAUCCCACCGAGAGCCCUGGCUUCCUCCGGGGGGGCUCCCUGUGGGGCAGCCGCCGCUGGAACAUCUUCGGGGGCAGCGGCUGGAGCGGCUCCAGCCCCAGGAAGAACUUCAGCUCCCUGCGGAAAAGCUUCAGUUUCCGCCUGCGCCGGGGCCACGAGCUGCGGCGCUCGGAGUCUGGGGGACUGCUGCGCCCCGCGCGCCUCCGCACCAAGAGCGAGGGUGAUGCCAGCUCCCUGCACACCUGCCCCAGCAAGCGGGACCUGCUGUACCCGGAGCUGGCCAGGUUCGGGGGCCGGCUGAACACCGACCCCGUGCAGACAGGGGGACUCUGGAAGCUCCUCACGAGCCGCUUCCGAAGGCGAGAGCGUGGCAGCACUGGCAGUGUGUGCCCCAAGGAUGCCCAUGGCAGUGUUGAGCCUGUCCUUCUGGGUGGGGGUCCUCUGCGGGCUCUGGAUUCAUUUGUGAACAGCCAGGAAUGGACCCUGAGUCGCUCAGUGCCUGAGCUGAAGGUGGGCAUCGUGGGGAACCUGUCCAGUGGCAAGUCGGCCCUGGUGCACCGCUACCUGACCGGCACCUACGUGCAGGAGGAGUCUCCAGAGGGUGGCCGGUUUAAGAAGGAGAUCGUGGUGGAUGGUCAGAGCUACUUGCUGCUGAUUCGGGAUGAAGGGGGCCCCCCUGAGCUCCAGUUUGCUGCCUGGGUGGAUGCAGUGGUGUUUGUCUUCAGCCUGGAGGAUGAGAUCAGCUUCCAGACCGUCUACAACUACUACCUGCGGCUCUGCAGCUACCGGAACACCGCCGAGGUGCCGAUGGUGCUGGUGGGCACACAGGAUGCCAUCAGUGCCACCAACCCCCGCGUCAUCGACGACUCCCGGGCACGGAAGCUCUCCAACGACCUGAAGCGCUGCACCUACUACGAGACCUGUGCCACCUACGGCCUCAACGUGGAGAGGGUCUUCCAGGAUGUGGCUCAGAAGGUGGUGGCUCUCCGGAAGAAGCACCAGCUGUCCAUCGGCCCCUGCAAGUCCCUGCCCAACUCACCCAGCCACUCAUCUGUGUCUGCAGCCUCCAUUCCUUCUGUCCACAUCAACCAGGCCACCAACGGUGGAGGAGCCUUCAGUGACUACUCCUCCUCUGUGCCCUCCACCCCGAGCAUCAGCCAGCGGGAGCUGCGGAUCGAGACCAUCGCUGCCUCCAACACGCCCACCCCCAUCCGCAAGCAGUCCAAGCGGCGCUCCAACAUCUUCACGUCCCGCAAGGGCGCGGACCCGGAGCGCGACAAGAAGGGGCCGGAGUGCAAAGCGGACAGCAUCGGCAGCGGGAGGGCCAUUCCCAUGAAGCAGGGCAUUCUCCUCAAACGCAGUGGCAAGUCCCUCAAUAAGGAGUGGAAGAAGAAGUACGUGACGCUGUGUGACAAUGGGGUCCUCACCUACCACCCCAGCCUGCACGACUACAUGCAGAACGUGCACGGCAAGGAGAUCGAUCUGCUGCGGACCACGGUGAAGGUGCCGGGCAAGCGGCUGCCCCGGGCCACGGCAGCGCCCAGCGCCAGCCCCAAGGCCAACGGGCUGGCCAAGGAGAGGAGCAGCUCGCAGCUGGCAGCAGGCACAGGUGCUCCCCACUCGACCAGCAGCACCUCCCUGCACUCGGAGCGCUCCAUCAGCGGCAUCAACCUCGUGGGCUUCAGCUCCAAGCCGGACGGGAUGCACCAGCGCUCCUACUCUGUCUCCAGUGCAGACCAGUGGAACGAGGCUGUGGCUAUCCCCGGCAGCUGCCCCAACCCCUCUAACGGUACUGCCGACUCCCUCAGCUCCAGCCCAAACAUUUCCAGUGCUGCCAGCCCAAAGCUGGAGCCGCCUCCAUCACCACAUGCCAACAGGAAAAAGCAUCGCAGGAAAAAGAGCACCGGGACAACUCGGCUCGAUGGCCCCAGCACGGCAGCAGAAGAACCAGAUGAGCCAUUUGAGUUCAUUAUUGUGUCACUGACGGGCCAGACGUGGCUCUUUGAAGCCUCAACAUCAGAGGAGCGGGAGCUCUGGGUGCAGGCCAUUGAGAGCCAGAUCCUGGCCAGCCUGCAGGGCUGUGAGAGCAGCAAAAACAAGGCUCGGCUGGGCAGCCAGGGCGACGCGCAGGCCAUGCAGGCCGUCCGCACCGCGCGGGGAAACAGCUUCUGCGUGGACUGCGACGCACCCAAUCCGGACUGGGCCAGUCUGAACCUGGGUGCUCUCAUGUGCAUCGAGUGCUCCGGGAUCCACCGCAACCUGGGCACCCACCUGUCCCGUGUGCGCUCCCUGGACCUGGAUGACUGGCCUAGCGAGCUUCUUAUGGUCAUGACGGCCAUCGGCAACGCCCUCGCAAACGCUGUCUGGGAGGGAAUGGUGGAGGGCUACCCCAAGCCCACACCUGAGAGCAGUCGGGAGGAGAAGGAGCGCUGGAUCCGGGCUAAGUAUGAGCAGAAGCUCUUUCUGGCCCCACUGCCCCAGUCGGACAUCCCGCUGGGGCAGCAGCUGCUGCGGGCCGUGGUGGAGGAUGACCUGCGGCUGGUGGUGACACUCCUGGCCCAUGGCACCAAGGAGGAAGUGAACGAGACCUACGGAGAUGGAGACGGGCGCACAGCACUGCAUCUCUCUUGUGCAAUGGCCAAUGUGGUCUUCACACAGCUGCUCAUCUGGUAUGGAGUGGAUGUGAAGAGCCGGGACGCUCGGGGCCUGACCCCGCUGGCCUACGCCCGGCGGGCGGGCAGCCAGGAGUGCAUCGACAUUCUGCUGCAGCACGGCUGCCCCAGCGACAGCGCUGCCACGCUGACUCCCAGCCUGCCCCGCCGCAACGCCAACAACAACGCUGCGCCCGCAGAGCUCAGUGCUGGCCCUGGCACGGGCUAGCCCGGCACAGCCUCUGCUCGCUGUGCCCGUGGAGCUCAGCCCUGGCACGGGCUAGCCCGGCACAGCCUCUGCUCGCUGUGCCCGUGGAGCUCAGCCCUGGCACGGGCUAGCCCGGCACAGCCUCUGCUCGCUGUGGCCGUGGAGCUCAGCCCUGGUACGGGCUAGCCCGGCACGGCCCUCUGCUCAUCGCACCCGUGCAGCUCAGCCCUGGCACGGGCUAGCCCGGCAUGGCCCUCUGCUCGUUCACAGCUGCCCUCCAGCCCUGCUGCAGAGCAGGGCCGCAGGAGCAGCGCUGAGAGCCGCACAGACGGGCCCCACAGUACCUGCCCCCCGCAGAACCCCUGCUCCAGCCAGGAGAAGGCUGGGAGCCAGCUGGGAGUCAGAUCCUGCUCCUCUGCACUGGUUCCAGCCAGCUCUGGCUGUGUAGCUGUGCAGACCCAGUGCUGGCAGCUUGUGGGGUGCUUCUGCACAAUCACUGGGGUGGCUCCAGUGCACCCCGCUCUCAUGACCGGUACGUGGAUGGGGAGGCAAUGUCUCCUGCUCCCCCCACACAUCUGUAGAUAAAGCAGGGGCUGGGGGCAGCUCAGGUGUGUGGCCUCCCCUGCACAGCAGCCCCAGGGAGGCUGAUGGCUGUGCCUGCUCCCUCAGGGUGGUCAGUGUAGUCUCUCCCCUCCUGCUCUCCCUCCAUGUUGGCCUUGCCACGCCCCCAGUGCAGUGGUGAGGUGGGGGGCAGCAGGAGGUGCGUGUUUCUCCAUUGCACCCCCCAUGCUCCUCUGCUUCUGGCCAGUGCAGGAGGGCUGCACGCACCCAUACUGCUCCCCGUGUGCUGAUGCAAGGGUGCACCUCCCCAGCACUGCCCCUGGACAAAGGCCUCCCCAGCCUCCCUGCUGAACUAGAGGGGGAAGAGGAUGGUCACCUCGGGAUCCCCAGCUCUGUCCGUCUGUCUGUAGAGUCACUGUCCUUCCAGGUUAAAGCUCCAAGCUAUACAUAGUGUCUCCAUUAGAGCCUCCUGCUGGCUCCCGCUGCUGCGCAGGUGGGGCUGGUCUCCAGCUGAGCAAGAGGAGAGGAGAGGAGCAUCUCUCUUUGCAUUGGGGUCAAGCCUCUAGCUGACUGCUGGAACCUCAAGGCUUAGGACACUGCUAUGGAAUGUCUCUGUCACUUGUGUAUAAAAUGUACAUUGGAAAUAUUUAUAUGGACACUCUGUAUAUACGGUUUCUUUUCCAUAAGUUGCCCUGUGUGUGUUAUCUGCAGCCAAGGAGAUAAAGGCCAAUAAAGCAACCCACCUCCUGCCA